AUGGCGAUCAACUUUGAUAUCUCGAUGAAGGCGCCUCCUCUCAACAUAGACCUGACCGAGGACAUGAUGUGGGGUUUUCACCGCUACUGCGACAAGUUCGGUGGGAGGAAGAUGAACCAGGCGGGAUUGAAAGCGCUACAGUGCGUGCCCAUCGCGCACGCUGCGCUGGCGGUCAAGCAAGGGGAGGACAUGAAGUCGGACGUUCGCAACGCUGCUAUGUCGAAAAGAAUGCAGGAGAUCGCAGUCCCCGGUUGGAUCAAGGUCUGCGAGGCGGCGAUCAAGGACAGCCAGGGGGAACUUGUGUUCCCGCACGGCUGGAAGGAUGCCCUCUACUACACCACACUAGGCACAGGGGAAAACCCCAGGCAAACCUUCAUGAAGAACCCCAAGGCACUGUUCACGAAGUUCAAGGCCCUGAAAACAGAAUAUACGAAGGGAGCGCAGCUUUGGUUCGACACUCAUCCCGAGAGCAGUACCGAGUUGAAUUCCGGUACCCAGACGACGGACGCGCUCGACGACCUGUCCGCCGACAUGUACCGCAAGGCCACCAAGGGCAACGCUGCGAAGGAAGAUGCCGCCGCCGACAUAUUUUUCAACACUCCACGACGUAGUGCAGAAGGAGUGGUCGUUUCCGGAGUCACGACUACCUCGCCCCUUCCAACGCCAGCUGCGGAUGCUGCCAUAGCCGCCACCACCUCUACGGGGGCCGCCGCCGCCGCCGACGACGACGACGACACCUCCCCCCAGGCUCUCGCCAGGCGGGCCGCCGAAGCCCUCCGUCGAGAGAUGGCGUCACCUACAGCCUCGGGUUCCGGUUCUGGCGCAAAUCUCGGUCGGCCAGAAGGCAACGAGGAUAUACCGGACGACUACUACUACCCCUACCUCCUUCUGGCGUGUCCUUGGAGCUCGUGGAGUGGCAACACCCCCUCCGAGUGGAAGCACCUCGCAGCAUCGAGCGGGCCGCGGAACCGCGCCAGCAAGGGCGACAAGGGCAACUCCAACGGCAACGACAACAGUAACGAGGUCGUCAUCACCGACGACAACCCUAUCGGCAGCCCCAGAGCAAUGGGUCUGAUGAACGCAAACGGCGACGCCGUGAGUCGCCGCCAGUAUUUCGCCAACAUCAAGAAGGAGAAAGAACAGGUCAAGAAGGAUGCCAAGGAGAAAGAAAACGUUGCGCUGAGGAACGAGGCGCUCGACACGAGGAAGAGGGGCUUGGCCGCGAUGGAAUCGGCCAACACCCACGUCGGGGAGCUGUCGUCCAACAUCAAGAAGAUGGUGCAGCUCCAGGAGGAGUCCAACCUUGCGGCCAGGAGGAAGGAUAAAAUAGAGGCGCUGGAGAGGAAGCUCAUGCUGGCCAUCUCUGAUCCGAACAUGGUGAAGGCGCAGCUCAAUGCCUUGCUCGAUGAGUAUUAA